AUGAUGCUGGGAGUUCAGCCAGAAACCAUUGUGGCAAUCUAUAUGGAUAAAACUCGUUGGACUACGGUUGCUAUCCUCGCAGUCAUGAAGAGCGGGGCCGCAUUUACUCUACUCGAUCCUUCACACCCUCAGUCGAGACUUCACGCAAUCUGCCAAGAGAUCAAUAGUAAGUUUAUUCUUACGUGCGAGGAAAGGAGUGAGCAAUCCUCUCACUUGGCUCCUUCUCUUGUCGUCGAACACUUGGCCGACGUCUGUCGAUCUGCAUCUGGUCAAUCUCGAGUGUUUCGUGGCCACCCUGACCGUGCACUGUAUGUUGCGUUCACAUCAGGGUCAACUGGAAAGCCCAAGGGCGUUGUGAUCGAGCAUCAGUCGUAUUGUUCCGGUGCGCGACAUCAUCUCAAGGCUUUUGGAAUCCGCCGAGAUUCACGCGUUCUUCAGUUCGCGUCGUAUGCCUUUGAUGUUAGCCUCAUGGAGACUCUGAGCACACUGAUGGCGGGAGCUUGUCUGUGUGUAAUGGGCAGCGAUCAGAGAACAGACCCGGUGCUUUUUCGUCAGGUCUUUGAUAGUUUCCGGAUCAGCCACGCCUUCCUGACUCCUUCCUUUGCAAGAACGAUAGCUUGGACCAGUGGCCGCCCGGGCACCACACUCAUUUUGGGCGGCGAGACAAUGCGUACAUCCGACGUUUUAUUCUACAACAAGCUGGGCAUUUCCUUGAUGAAUGCGUAUGGUCCAGCAGAAUGCUCUGUCAACUCCACAGUUCUAUCUGCUGUUAUGCCGACAGGAAGACCCAAUAACAUUGGCUUUUGCACUGGCGCAGUCGCAUGGAUCGUCAGUCCAGAUGACCCUGAGCAGCAAAUGCCCCAUGGAGAAGUUGGAGAACUCCUCAUAGAGGGUCCUAUUGUCGGGAGGGGCUACCUGAACAACCCAGAAGCGACCCGUGAGGUAUUCAUUCGACCCCCAUUGUGGCUCAGGAGAACGCGUGCCGGCAUACCAGGCACCAUUCGAACCUACCUCACUGGUGAUCUUGCAUCGAUCGGUAUCAACUCAGGUGAAAUCCUCAUUCACGGCCGAAAGGACCGUCAAGUCAAAAUCCGUGGCCAACGAGUUGAGCUGGGUGAGAUUGAAAACCAUCUUUGUGAAUGUCUUUCUACGAUAAUCACAGAGAUUUUCGUCGAGAGAAUCGUGCCCCAGAACAACGAGCAAGAGAAGCUUGUUGCUUUUGUCGUAUUACCUGCACCGUACAAGGGCACCCGAAUCUAUGAAGAUUUAUUUUACGCUCCGCAAUGCGCUACGACGGAGCUUUUCCGCACAAGCCAACAACGACUGAGGGAACGCCUCCCCGACUACAUGGUACCAAAUACAUUCAUCCCGCUCGCCACGGUCCCAAAAGUCCCUUCAGGAAAGAUUGAUCGAAACCUUCUACGAGCCACUGCCCUCAGGAUGUCUGGAGAUCAGAUGCAGGAGUUUAACUUGGGGUCAGUUGGCACUGAAGCCACCAAGGAGCCCCCAGCAACUCAAACGGAGGCGCUGCUCAGACGUCUCUAUUCAGAGAUACUGUGUCUCUCACCUGAGCUAAUUGGAAUUCGUGACACUUUCCUGCAGCUUGGUGGUGAUUCCCUCCUUGCCAUCCGUCUUGCAGGCGCAGCCCGAAAGACUGGCCUCAUAAUCUCGAUGCAAGACAUCCUUUCCUCAAAAAUCACAGUAUCAGACCAAGCUGAGCGUGCGAUAGAGUGCACUCCCCUUGUGGGCUUGGAUAUGCAUGGUACGCCUGCAUUUAUGAACAGGGAUUCUCGUGAUGAGGUUAUGCAAGUCCUGGAAAAUCAACACGGGAUUUGCCCUCAAGAAGUCGAAGACGUUUAUCCCUGCACUUCACUACAAGAAGGAAUGUUCGCAACAUCUAUCAAGGAACCGGGCAUGUAUAUGGGUGAUAUUGUCUUUCAGGUUCAGGAUGGCGUGGAUCCUGUCCUGUUGAAGUCUGCUUUCAAGGCCAUUACAACUGCGAACCCCAUUCUUCGUACUCGUAUUGUUCCAACUAAAAAGUGCUUUAUGCAAGUGGUUUUGCUGGACGAUUUUGCUUGGGAAGAGUCCAUGUGCGUGGAACAGGGUCAGGGCCAUAUCCAGGAAGGUGGUCUCAGCACAAAGGGAUGCCUUGUGAAAUUUAAAUAUAGCCGUCCGACUCGAGAGCUGACGGUGACCAUUCAUCAUUCUAUCUGGGAUGGCUGGUCACUCCACCUUGUCCAGAGCCAAUUCCAGGACGCGUACGAAGGGAGGAGCGUGGCAAAAUCUCCAUUCUCGCCUUUCGUUUAUUACACUCAACACCUACAGAACGUUGAAGAAUUCUGGGCCUGUGAGUUCUCAGGAUUAGAUGCUCCAGUCUUUCCAGCCCUGCCAUCCAGCAACUAUUGCCCCUCCCCAACAGGGGCACUCAACCAUGUGAUCAGAAACCUGGAUACCACAGGUAGUACUGAACAUACAGUGGCAACAUAUAUCCAUUUGGCCUGGACUCUACUCAUAGCUCACUAUACAGAAUCUGCCGAAGUUCUCUAUGGGAUCACCGUGAGUGGACGCAAUGCACCAGUGCCCGGUAUCGAAACGAUUGUUGGACCAACGAUCGCAACCAUUCCUCUACGUGUGAAGGUCAACCGCGACGCGUCUUUUAAAUCUGCGCUGGAUGGCAUUCAGGAUGUUCUCACACGGGUUAUUCCCCAUGAGCAAGCCGGUCUGCCACGAAUUUCCAGAUGUUCCUCGGAUGCUGCAAGGGCCUGUAAUUUUCAGACUCAACUUGUUAUUGAGGCCGCCUCCGGUGUUGAAGGCGAAAGCGACUCUGGACUUCUUGCUGUAUCCAGUGGUUCUACGUCUACCGGCAUGAGCUAUUCCCGCUUUACCGAUCGUGCACUGAUGAUCGUGUUCCACCCCAGCCUCGACAGAGGAACCAUAUCAAUAAAUGUGACUUUCGAUACUGACAUCCUUUCUUCAACCGAGGUCACUCGGAUGAUGAGUCAAUAUGAAAAUAUUCUCCGCCGAAUCUACGAGACAUCCUCCCCGACCCCUGGAGAUAUACAGAUGGCUAGCCCGAGUGAUCUCCUUCAACUUCAACGUUGGAACCGGGACAUGCCACUGGCAGAUGCGCGAUGUCUGCCACAACUGGUUCUUGCCCAAUCCACCUGCCGGAUUCACGAGGUUGCAGUCUGCUCCUGGGAUGGAUCUUGGACAUACGAUGAACUUGUCUCACACUCGCUGCGUCUUUCUCGUCAUUUAAAAAAGUUGCAAGUCCACUCCGGCUCUUUUGUGUCAAUCUGCCUGGAGAGAAGUAAGUGGAGCAUUGCCGCUAUUAUUGCAGUCCAUUGGUCUGGUGGAACGUGUAUUCUACUCGAUCCAGACCAUCCCAAGCAGCGACUACAGCAGAUUACAAAACACGCUGGCAGCUUUGUGAUGAUCAACAGUGAAGCUACCAGGGCCUCGUCAGGUGAUCUUUGUCCCAUCGAAGUACGCUUGACAGCGCCAUUCCUCAACAGCCUUGAGGAGAACGGCGAUAGAUCUUUCAAAGGUUCUCCAGAAGACCCGGCCUUCAUCAUGUUCACGUCGGGUAGCACUGGACAGCCGAAGGGGAUUGUCAUCUCACACCGUGCAUUGAGCUCCAGCAUCUACCAUAACAGCAAUGCUAUGAAGUUCCAUUCAGGUACUCGGGCACUCCACUUUUCGUCCUAUGCAUUUGAUGUCAGCAUCUAUGAGAUCUUUACCACAUUGGCUGCAGGGGGGACUGUGUGUGUCCCUUCUGAGUUUGAGCGCAAAAAUUGUCUUGCAGAAGUCAUCGGGCGCAUGAAUGUCAACUGGGCCUUCUUGACACCGACCACCGUGCAAACAAUGUCUCCAUCCGAGGUCCCAUCUUUGACAACCCUUGUUCUUGGGGGCGAGACUGUUACACGCGACAAUGCGGAUACUUGGGCGCAUGGUCGGUCUCUAAUCAACGGGUAUGGCCCCGCCGAGGCAACAAUUUGUGGCGUUGGACCUAUAUUGGAAGGUCGUUGGAAGUCCGGUGUCAUCGGUCACAUUGUUGGUGGCUUGGGAUGGGUCACUGAACCGACAAAUCCCCAGCGACUGGCUGCAAUUGGCGCGGUUGGGGAGCUUCUGUUGGAGGGUCCUUUCUUGGCCCACGGCUAUCUUAACCUACCAGAUGUUACCAGGAGAUCUUUCAUCAAAUGUCCUGCCUGGAGAUCUCAAAUUCGUUCAGACGCCCCGUCGGUUAUUUAUCGAACGGGAGAUCUAGUAAAGUACCAACCAGAUGGCACCAUUCAAUACAUGGGACGCAAGGACACACGUAUUAAGCUUCGAGGUCAGCUCAUAGACCUGAGUGAGGUUGAAACUGCGGUCUUGCGCAUUUUCCCCAACGCCGUCGAGGUAGUCGCUGAAGUGAUGAAAAUGACUGCGAGCACUACAGCGACUAUGCUCGUUGCUUGGAUCAAGCUCGGUACCGUCAACGUGCCAGAAGAUAUGAAAAACAGUGAUACAUGUAUUGCACCUGCGGAUUCUGAGUUCAGAAAUGCAUCGUCCUUUGUUCAGACACGCCUCCGGAAACUGGUCCCCUCCUACAUGGUCCCAACAAUGCUUCUUCCGGUAUGGCGCAUUCCGCACACUCUCACAGGCAAGGCCAAUCGACGUUGUCUUCGGCAGGAGGUGCAAGACUUGCUGCCAUCGGAAAUACAAAGCUUCAUGGUGGCACCGCACGAAAAAGAACACAUGCAAAAUAAGUCUGAGGAACUCUUGCGAGAUAUUUGGGCGGAUCUUCUGGAUAUUAUACCUGACGAAAUAGGACGUCGAGAUGGCUUCCUUUCAGUCGGUGGUGAUUCUAUUACAGCUAUGAAAAUGAUGGCCGUUGCUCGACGCGCCGGGUUUGGCUUCACAGUCAUGGAUGUCUUGAACAGCUCCUCACUGUCAGAACUCGCUGCCACUCGACGAGAUAUCACUUCCCCCGACGAACCCUCAGUGCUCGACCCGAACUCUGCCACACCGGAACCCAAGCAGGAAGUGACUGUUUCUUCGGACGCAAACUCCGCCGCCCCUUUUCUGGUCACAGGCGCGCAAGACUUUCUCACCAAACGCUAUCCAUGGUCGCAUUUCCGGUUUUCCUUCAAUGGCAGAAUUGAUCAGGAUCGUUUAAGAUCGGCAUGUGACUUGAUUCUGCGCAAUCACAGUAUCCUUCGCACUGCCUUUGUGGAAGACAAUGGCCAACUUAAGCAAUCAGUUCGGGACUGCACAAAUCACGUCCCUUUCCGUAUAAUUGUAACAGAUGAUACAGAUGAUUCUCUGGAAGCCUUUGCUGCGAAGCUUUGUGAUGCUGAGCAACUUGUCCCUGUUCUUUCAGUCGAUCACCCGACUUUGUUCACGCUGGUUUCCAAUAAGGGUCUCGUCAAGCAUCAAUUCAUAAUGCGACUAGCACACGCUCAAUAUGACGCGGUUUCUCUUCCAAGAGUACUGAGCGAUUUUGAGACGAUUUUCAAAGGAACUCGGCCCGUCGCUUCUAGUGACUUCCGUCAAUAUCUCGCCCUCCUCUCUCAGCAAGAUUUUAGCAAAGCUUACGAGUUUUGGAGAACCUAUUUGCAGGACUCUGUGAUUACUCUUUUACCUUCGAGCUUCAAGUCUCCCCCCUCAGGCCCCUUCCAUCGGGCGGACCCUAUAACAGUUGUUGGGACUUACAGCCUUCCACUGCCACCAAUUCCGUCAGAGAUUACGCCGGCCACAGUUGUAAAAGCUGCCUCUUGCCUUGUACUGGCACACUUCACUGACAAAAAUGACAUUGUUCUGGGACAAACUGUGAGCGGUCGCAGUUUGAUUUCUGAUGAAUUCGAUGAUAUCGUUGGACCAUGCACCAACUACAUUCCUUACCGCGUGGUUCUAAAUCCGUCAAUGACGGCAAUUGACUACUUGACUCAUGCCCAAGCACAGCACACUCGGUGUUUGAAUUAUGAGUCAAUUGAACUCUCCCAGAUCGUCAAGAAUUGUACCGAAUGGGCCCACACGACCCAGUUCACAUUUAUUGUUCAACAUCAACUUGCCAAUACUCACCUCGAUCUCACCCUUGAUGGAAACAAGUCCACUGCAUUUUCCCUGUCAGGUCGGCUCCUUCCCUCAUCAGAAAUCUGGAUAUGCUCUACCUCUUCAUUCGCUGGGAUAAAAAUCGAAGUAUUCGGAUCGAGUUCAAGCAUUGGGCAGGAGAAUGUGGAGCUUUUGGCGUUUGAAAUUUCUACUGCGGUCCAUAGUUUGUUGACUGGUGUACACGAUCCGCUUUUCUCUGUUUACGAACGCAAUGUGUGA